GGACGCGACCUCGACCUUCAGCUGCGCAGACAGCUGAGCGGAGCCCUCGGCAGCAGCACCUCCGCCAAGCUCCGCAGGGGCUUGCAGAUGCCGCAGCUGCUGCACGAGCACACGAGCACGGCCAGGCUCCGUCCCACGCCGGUCUGCACUUGAACUUGACUGCACACCGUCCAGCCGGGUGUGGCACGAGGACUCGGGGUGGGGGCGGGGCCGCUAGCAGGGCAGACUGCAGGAAGACGCGAUCGUCAUCUGGGCUCUAUCGCCUUAUAUGCGGCCUGUCUACGUCACUUAGACGUCACCGCUCUUCUGCGGGGGUUAGCGACAACUACUGCCUGCCUCGGAGCGGUGUCGCUGGGAGCCCCCGUCGGCCUCACCCCGAGGUGGCCUCCUCCCCCGACGGAGCCCAGCACGGUGCCCCAUGGUCGCAGCCCGCGGUCGAGUCACGCCCGGGGCUAAGGUGCCCUGACAGGGCCCUGGGGGGCUGCCCGGGGUUGCCCCCAUGGCACCGAGAACGCGGCCUCGAGGAGCAGCGGAGGGUUCGGUGGACCUAGACUCUGCGCGAUGUUGGGCCAGCCGGCAGCGCGGCGCAGCGCGACGCCACGCCGCGCCGCUGUGGGCAUGGGCAUGGUCGGCGUCCUAUACUAGUCUAGUGCGACGCGUGUGAGGGAGCCAGCAGCGGCCGGGGUCGGGGCGGGGACAGCUGACGAGUGGAGCCGGGCCCCAGCCGGGGCCGCGGGCCGGGGCCGAGCCGGGGCCGGGCCGAGCCGGGCGGGCCUCGACAAGGCGGCGCCGGGCCCGGGCCGCCCGCAGCCGGCUCAUUCACUGUGGCCGGGCAGCAGAGCGCCUCGCUAGCUCGCCGCCCCGAGGAGCAGGAGCAGGCCGCCGAUCAGGCCGCCGACAUGACGGGAGCCAACAUGGGUGAAGUGGAGGCUGCGGCGACCAGGAACGGCGGCGGCGCCGUGACCGCGGCGUCGGCGGUGGCGUCGUGCCCGCCGGACGGCGGCGCGCGCGCGUGGAUGGUGCUGGCCGCGUCCUUCCUCUGCAACGGCCUCCUGUUCGGCAUCAUCAACACGUACGGCGUCAUCUACGUGUACCUGCUGAUGGACCUGGAGAAGGCCAAGGUCCCUGACGCCGCAUCUAAAGCAUCUCUGGUGGGAUCGCUGUGCAUCGGCACCACGUUUCUGAUCUCCCCCGUGGCGGGCGUGCUCACGGACCGCUGGGGCAUCCGCCUCACCACGGCGAUUGGCGGGGCCCUGGCCGCCAGCGGCAUGCUCCUCUCCUCCUUCGUCACGCAGAACGUAUACGCUCUCUACGCGACCUACGGCGUCCUCUUCGGAGUGGGCGCCUCGCUCACCUACACGCCGUCUCUGGUGGUCCUGGGCCACUACUUCAAGCGCUACCUCGGGGUGGCCAACGGGCUGGUGGCCGCCGGCUCGUCGGUGUUCUCCGUGCUGCUCCCCUACCCGCUCGAGUGGCUGCUCAAGCGUUUCGGCUUCUCCGGCAGCCUGUUGCUCCUGUCCGCCAUGCUGUCCCUCAUCAUCGGCUGCUCCUUCCUGUUCAAGCCACUGGCCGCGCCGGCCGCGGCGCCCGCACGAUCGGCGCGCGCCGAGCUCUUCAACGUGGACAUCUGGCGGCGGAGGAAGUACGUCAUCUGGGCCCUGGCCAUCCCCACGGCCCUGUUCGGCUACUUCGUCCCCUACGUGCACAUGGUGAGCAUUGCGGUGUCCAGGAGUGGUGGGGCGCACGACGCUGCUGCCCGCUGCUGCCAGUGAAGCUACUUUUGUCCC